AUGGAGGUUGAGCAGCCGCCGGGGUUGAGGCUGCACAUGAGGGGCUGCUGUAAUGGUAGCAUGCGAGAGAAUGUAGAGUUCCCUGCACCUCAUGUCAUGCUUCUCUGGCGCAGCUGGAAAAGCUUCGCUCAUGCCGACAGUUUGGAGGCAGGGUACGUCCUUCAGUUCGAGUUAAUGGACACCACCCUGCUCUCCAUCAAGCUACGCGGGAUCGUUUGCUUCGUGCAGCUGCUGGUGGUCCCUGCUCGCUUUUGGUCCCAUCUGUCGGUUGCCUCGUGUUUCUCUUGCGGUAACUGCUCCUGGGAAGUGGUCCCUGCUCGCUUUUGGUCCCAUCUGCUGGAGUUACAGCGCCUGCUAUUACUGCUCCUGACCGGGUCGUCCUUUCCUCGUCUGCUCUUCUCUGGCUCUUGCCUCGGCUCCCAGUUCACUUCUCCCCUGCCUGCGCCAUCCUUCUCUUCAUCGUCCGAUGCCCAUCGGCAGGUGACAAGGACGGGAAUCAGCGCCGUCGUGGUGCAGUGGAGCUGCUGGGAAGAAGCAGGACGGCGGCUGCACCCCGUGGGGUGCUGGUGGAGGGCGCACGCAGUCCAUGGGGUGCGCGCACGGCAAGUGCUGCCUGCCGCGGGGCGACGGCGGAGGGGGGCGGGAAGGCGGUGGCGUGCCUGGCGGCCGCGGCGGCUCCACCCUCGGCCGCGCCGUGGUGCCGGGCGCGGGCCUGGCGCUGUAGUACGCCACGCUGACGGUGGACGGCCACUACCCGGGCUCCCCAGGCCGGGCGUCACAGGAUGCGUACCUCGUGGCCACGCGCUUCGCGGGCGUCCCCGAUCUCCACCUCUUCGCGGUCUUCGACGGCCACGGGCCUGCGGAGCCGCCAGCUCCGGGUUCGCGUGGGACGGGCUCCCCCGCCUCCUCCUCCUCUUCGCGGCCGAGGAUGCCGCCUCCGGAGGGAGCCUCCUCGCGUCGGACCCCGCGGCGGUGUUCCGGGUGGCUAUGGUCGGGGUCAACGAGGAGAUGCACGCGGCGGCGGCCGUGGACGACUCCAUGAGCGGGGCCACCGCCGUCGCGGCGCUCAUGGCCGGUGGCGCGCUUCAUGUGGCCAACGUCGGGGACUCGCGCGCCAUGGCCGGGGUCUGGCGCGACGGCCGCGUCGCCGCCUACGAGCUGUCGUGGGACCAGGCACCGUUCCGCGCCGACGAGCGUGCGCUCGUCAUGUCCGUCGAGCAGGUGGAGGGCGUCCACGACCCCGGCCGAGGGCUAGCUCGCCUACGAGGGGUACCCCGCCUCGCGUCUGUGCUCGGCCCGCGAUGGGCUCUACCCGGGCACGACCUUCACGCACAUUCUCGGCGACCUCCCCGCCGAGGGCGUCGGGGUCGACCCUGAGGUGAACGCCGUGGAGAUCACCCCAGCCCACCUCUUCUUCGUCGUCACAAGCGAUGGCGUGUUCGAGUUCCUCUCCAGCCAAGAAGUCGUCAACAUGCAUAAAUAGACGGUGCAGAAUGUCCGCCCAACCUCGCCGUAUUUGGGUAAGCAGAAUUUGUUCUCUACGCCUACAAGGUGUUUGAUGAAAAUCACAGAAGGCUGGCAGGGGAGGAUUGGUCUAUGAGCUUUGAUAAGGCUGCUCACCAAUGAGCUGGACGUGUUUUUGUCCUGGGUACUUGCAUGAUGGAAGAAGAAAUUGGGUAUUCCUAAAUGUGCUACUGCAGAUCAAAGGUGAAUUCAUCCCAUUUUCUUACUUCAAUCUCAGGUUAUGUGAGGAGGUUGGCGGCUUAAUUGACCCAGGUUUUGUAACAUAUCAAUGGCAGAUUUGAUUUUGUCUUGGGAGUAACAAGGAAGAAGGGUCAGUUUAUGUUCUGGACUAAUCACAAAAAAGGAUGCCACUGAAUAUAUUUGACCUGAUGUGAGGAAAAGGCAGAUUUGAUUUUGUCUUGGGAGUAACAAGGAAGAAGGGUCAGUUUAUAUUCUGGACUAAUCACAAAAAAGGAUGCCACUGAAAAUAUUUGACCUGAUGUGAGGAAAAGAGAGCAUUUGUACUGGUGGGUUUGAUUUGUUAAUCCAGUGGGGUACAGCCUGGUGGAACCAUGCAAAUGACGAUCUUCGUUUCUCAGGCUGUAUUAGCGCUUAGCAAACUUCUUUGUGCCGCCGCCUGCGCUUUCCCCUUCCAUCUCCGCCGCCUCGUCUCCUCCUUCACCACCACCCCCUCCCCUGCCUCCGUACCCCAAGAUGGAGGAGCUCCCCAAGGCCAUUGUGUGGCUGCUGCUCAAGGACAAGCUCGCCCGGGUCACCGUGGCCGGCGCCGGCGAAGGUGUCAUGAACAAGGACACCAUGGCCGCCUUCACCGAAAGCGCCCGCAUCUUCAUCCACUGCCUCUCCACCACAUUGGUUGAUGCAAAAACUGCAACUGGAGGCCUUGUUGUUUGGACCCAAAUGACAUCUCUAGGUGACUGUACACAAAUGCGUCUUUAACUUUUACAUCCAGGUUUUAGAAUUCAUCGAAGAUUGCAGGGUAACUAAUUGCACCUUAUGGAGAAGGAGCAGGCCGUGGAGGAGUGCAUGUAGCAGGUUCCCGGUGACUGCAAAUCUGAAAUUGAAGAUAGGGCAGAUUGUAUUGGUUCUGCUUGCUUGCAGAACUUGUGGUAUGCUGGCCAUGGAGUAGUCAGACCCUGCCAAGAAAGAGGAGCAGGAGAUGAGGAGCGCAACAUUUAGUGUACAAUGGUGCAUGAUAUGGCAGUUAGGAUCAGGACACGAGGAACACGACACUGGGUGUAUGAAAGAUUAGUAGGAAGAAUGUUAAUCACAGUGUGAAAAGAAAAUGCGAGCUCGGCUGAUGUAUUGCGUACUAUUUGGCUGAGUUGUUUUGUCCUAAAGAUACAAUUAAGCUGAAGAAUCCUUUUUGUAUGGAAAUUCACUAUGGAAAUCGAAACAAUGGUACUCUGCACAACCGUUUACUUUCUUGCAUCGGUUCUUCAUUCUGUAAGUGAAACCUUUUCUAUUUGGUAAAAUAAGAGUGAGCUCAUGCUUGAACUUCCACCAUGUAUGUUAAACACUUGGAUGCUGUAUCAACCCAGUAAUCCUCUGAUCCUUCAUUGUUUUCCCUUGCA